ACGUUGUUAUGUACCAACUGCACCUGACAGAAAACUCAAACUAGAAAAGUAGACACCGCAUAGCAGAGUGCCGUUUUACAUUUCAGUCUCCCAACCAAAAUCCUUUGUUUUUCUUUUCUUUCUUCAUUUCUUCACUUCUUUCUAAGACAACCUUUGCUUGAUUCAUUGCUACCUUUUUCCCCUUUUUUAUUCAUAAAGCUCUUUCCAACUAUGGAUUUUAGAAGCAAGGGAAUAACAUGCCACACGCUUUUCGUAUUAUUUCUUCUAUUUUCUGCCAUUUUCCCACUCUCUUUCUCAGCAGCCAAUCAACCCCACAAAGCCAAAAACCUCGCCACCCAUCGCCUUUCCUCCUCAGCUGUUUUCAAAGUUCAAGGAAAUGUCUACCCUCUUGGGCAUUACACAGUGACUCUCAACAUUGGAUAUCCGGCCAAGCCUUACGACCUUGACAUAGACUCGGGUAGUGACAUCACUUGGGUUCAAUGUGAUGCACCAUGUAAAGGUUGCACCAAGCCUCGUGACCAACUUUAUAAACCCAAUCACAACCUUGUGCAAUGUGCGGAACAAUUGUGUUCUGAAGUGCACUUACCAACAGACCAUAAUUGUGCUUCCCCAGAUGACCAAUGUGACUAUGAAGUUGAGUAUGCAGAUAAUGGAUCAUCUUUGGGUGUGCUUGUCCGGGACUACAUUAAUUUUCAAUUCACCAAUGGCUCUGUGGUGCGCCCUAAGAUAGCCUUUGGGUGCGGAUAUGAUCAAAAGUAUUCUGGUUCUACCUCCCCACCUUCUACAGCAGGAGUCAUUGGCCUUGGCAAUGGCAGAGCAAGCAUUUUAACUCAGCUUCAUUCUUUGGGUCUGAUACGCAAUGUAGUUGGACACUGCCUAAGUUCAAGAGGAGGAGGGUUUUUAUUCUUUGGAGAUUAUCCUGUUCCCACUUCGGGAAUUGUUUGGACAACCAUGCUGCAGACUUCUUCGGAAAAACACUACAGCUCAGGACCCGCAGAGCUGUUGUUCAACGGAAAAGCUACGAAAGUUAAGGGUCUUCAACUUAUCUUUGAUAGCGGGAGCUCUUACACAUACUUCAACUCCCUGGCGUAUCAAGCUGUUGUAAAUCUGGUGUCGGAAGAUUUAAAGGGGAAACAGUUGACAAGAGCAACCGAUGAUCCAUCACUUCCAAUUUGUUGGAAGGGUCCAAAAUAUUUCAAAUCGUUAAGUGAUGUCAAGAAAUACUUCAAACCCCUAGCAUUUAGCUUCACAAAAACUAAGAAUGUGCAGUUGCACCUUCCGCCAGAAGCUUAUCUUAUUAUCACUAAACAUGGCAAUGUCUGCUUGGGGAUUCUUGAUGGCACCGAAGUAGGACUUGAAAAUCUCAACAUAAUAGGAGACAUUUCUUUACUAGAUAAAAUGGUCAUUUAUGACAACGAGAAGCAACAGAUUGGAUGGGCUUCUUCAAAUUGUGAUAGACUUCCCAAUGCGGAACGUGAUUUGGAAGGCGAUUUUCCACAUCCAUACGCAGCCAAUUUGGGUAUAUUUGGGAACGGUUACCCUGCAUCUUUUGAAAAUAUAGACGAUCAAUGAGUUGUUGGGAAAGGGUGCUCGGAUGUACACUAGAUAGCAUCUAUAAUUCCAUGUGGAAUAUAUACAUAGAUUCUUUUGUCACCUUAGUACAAUAUUGAGCUUCAUAAGCUUCAUUUUGUGAAUUUGUAUAUGAUAAAUACCAAAUAACACAAGGUACAGUUACCAAUCCUUGCUAGCAAAAGUUUCAUUUAGUCGUGCGACCUCAAAA